AUGAUUUUUAAUUAUGUGUUUUUUAAGAACUUUGUACUAGUUGUUCUAUACAUUGUCCUUAUAAUAUAUAUUAACUUAAAUGGAGUGAAUAAUAAGAAUCAAAUAAAAAAAGAAAAAAUUUAUAUAAAGAAAUUCAAUAGGUUGUCAAACAAAAAUUCGUUAUGCAGUUCAAAAAACAAAAUAGCAUGCUUUUUUAAUAUCUCAAAUGAUGAUAAUAAAAAUACGAUAUAUAACUAUAAUAUAAAUGUUAAAAAUGAUGAUAUUAAUCCAUUAUUUAAAAAUAAUUAUAGUAAUAAAUUGUAUAUGGAUAAGAGGAAAAAUAUUAAUAAUGUAAUUAGUAGUAAUAAAAUAUCUGAAUCCAUUUCAAAUAUUUGUAAUACAAAUCAAAACGAAAAUAAAAAAAAAAGAAAUAAACAAAGAUGUUUAACUCAAUGUCACACUUAUAAUUUGUCACAUGAGCAGAACAAACGAGCUGAUGAUAAUAAUAGUAAUAAUAAAAAGAAUUUUAAUUUAUUAUUUAUAAAUUAUUUUAAUUUGAAAGGAAUGAAAAAUUCUCUUCUAAAUAAAGACAAUUUCUUUUAUUGUAGAGAAAAAAAAUUGUCUUUUCUACAUAAGGCAUAUAAAAAAAAAAAUUGCACGUAUCAAAAUUAUAGUUUAAAAAGAAAAUCUAAUCGAGAUUCUAAUAAAUUGUUUUCAGAAGAAUUUGAUAAUUAUACAAAUAAUAAUUCUUUAUAUGAAUCGGAAAAAAUAGAAUAUAUUACUCUAAAUAAUAAUAAUAAUAAUAAUGAUAAUAAUAAUGAUAAUAGUUCUAAUAGCUUAGGUGACAGAUCCAAUCGUUAUUAUGAUAAUGAUGGUGGUGAUAAUAAUAAUCCCAGUGAUAAUAAUAAUGACAAAUAUGAUAUAGGAAAAUAUUUCAAACAAAUCAAUACCUUUAUUAAUAUUGAUGAAUAUAAAUCGAUAUAUGGUGAUGAAAUAUAUAAAGAAAUAUAUGAACUAUAUGUAGAAAGAAAUAUUCCUAAAUAUUAUGAACAAAAAUAUUUUUCAGAAAGUAUUAAAAAGAGUGUCCUAUUUGAUAUAGAUAAAUAUAAUGAUACUGAAUUUGAAGAAGCUAUAAAAGAAGAAUUUAUAAAUAAUGGUGUUUAUAUUAAUAAUAUAGAUAAUACAUAUUAUAAAAAAGAAAAUAUUUUAAUAAUGAAAAAGAUAUUACAUUAUUUUCCAUUAUUAAAAUUAAUUAAUAAUCCAUCAGAUUUGAAAAAGUUAAAAAAACAAUAUUUACCCUUAUUAGCACAUGAACUAAAAAUAUUUUUAUUUUUUAUUGUAAAUAUAACAGGAGGUCAUUUUUCAUCUGUUUUAAGCUCUUUAGAAAUUCAAUUAUUAUUAUUGUAUAUUUUUAAUCAACCAUAUGAUAAUGUUAUAUAUGAUAUAGGACAUCAAGCAUAUGUACAUAAGAUAUUAACUGGAAGAAAAUUAUUAUUUCUAUCAUUAAGAAAUAAAAAAGGUAUUAGUGGUUUCCUAAACAUUUUUGAAAGUAUUUAUGAUAAAUUUGGGGCUGGUCAUAGUUCCACCUCAUUAAGUGCUAUACAAGGAUAUUAUGAAGCCGAAUGGCAAGUAAAGAAUAAAGAAAAAUAUGGAAAUGGAGAUAUAGAAAUGAAUGAUAAUACAAAUGUUACCAACAAUGAACAAAGCAUAUAUCAAAAAGGUAUACACAAUAAUUAUAGUAAUAAUAAUAUAAAUAUUUCAGAAGUGGUAGGAACAGAAAAUAUGAAUUUACCAAAUAUAAGAAAUGAGAACCAUAAUGUAGAUAAUGUACACAUUGCUAUCAUAGGAGAUGGUGGUCUAACAGGUGGAAUGGCAUUAGAAGCUUUAAAUUAUAUUUCAUUUUUGAAUUCUAAAAUUUUAAUCAUUUAUAAUGAUAACGGACAAGUUUCUUUACCAACUAAUGCUGUAAGUAUAUCAGGAAAUAGACCUAUAGGAUCCAUAUCAGAUCAUUUACAUAAUUUUGUUUCUAAUAUAGAAGCAAAUGCAGGUGAUAACAAAUUAUCGAAGAAUACAAAACAGAACAACCUUUUUGAAAAUUUGAAUUAUGAUUAUAUUGGUGUUGUAAAUGGUAAUAAUACAGAAGAGCUCUUUAAAGUAUUAAAUAAUAUAAAACAAAAUAAAUUAAGUAGAGCUACAGUUCUUCAUGUACGUACAAAAAAAUCUAAUGAUUUUAUAAAUUCAAAGAGUCCUAUAACUAUAUUGCACUCUAUAAAGAAAAAUGAGAUUUUCUCUUUUGAUCCAGCUAUAUUAAAUGGAAAUGUUCAUAAGGAGAACAAGGUGGAAGCUGAGAAAAAUGUAUCUUCCUCUAUAAAGUAUGAUAUAAAUAAUAAGAAUAAUAAUAAUAGUGAAAUUAUAAAAUAUGAAGAUAUGUUUUCAAAAGAAACGUUCACAGAUAUAUAUACAAAUGAAAUGUUAAAAUAUUUAAAGAAAGAUACAAAUAUAAUAUUUCUAUCUCCUGCUAUGUUAGGAGGAUCAGGAUUGCUUAAAAUAAGUGAGCGUUAUCCAAAUAAUGUAUAUGAUGUAGGUAUAGCUGAACAACAUGCGGUAACCUUCGCAGCAGCUAUGGCAAUGAAUAAGAAAUUAAAAAUACAAUUAUGUAUAUAUUCAACCUUUUUACAAAGAGCAUAUGAUCAAAUAAUACAUGAUCUUAAUUUACAAAAUAUACCUUUAAAGGUUAUAAUUGGAAGAAGUGGAUUAGUAGGAGAAGACGGGGCAACACAUCAAGGUAUAUAUGAUUUAUCCUAUCUUGGAACACUUAACAAUGCAUAUAUAAUAUCUCCAAGUAAUCAAGUUGAUUUGAAAAGAGCUCUGAGAUUCGCUUAUUUAGAUAAAGACCAUUCUGUGUAUAUACGUAUACCUAGAAUGAACACAUUAAGUGAUAAGUAUAUGAAAGGAUAUUUAAACAUUCACAUGGACAAGGAGAAUAAAAAUGUGGAUGUAAAUGUAGAUGUAAAUGUAGAUAUAAAUGUAGAUGUAAAUGUAGAUAUAAAUGAUGAUGUAGAUAAACAUAAUGAAGAAUAUUAUAUCGAUGAUGAUAAUUUUAUAAAAUCGUUUAUUGGGAAAUCUCGAAUUAUUAAAAUGGAUAAUGAAAAUAAUAAUACAAAUGAAUAUUAUUCAAGCACAGGAUAUACAAACAAAAAAAAAGUUUGUAUCUUUAACAUGGGUAGUAUGCUUUUUAAUGUAAUUAAUGCUAUAAAAGAAAUAGAAAAAGAACAACAAAUUUCAGAUAAUUAUUCUUUUUCAAUUGUUGAUAUGAUAUUUUUAAAUCCUUUAGAUAAAAAUAUUAUAGAUCAUGUAAUAAAACAAAAUAAACAUCAAUAUUUAAUUACUUAUGAAGAUAAUACUAUAGGUGGUUUUUCUACACAUUUCAAUAAUUAUUUAAUAGAAAAUAAUUAUAUAACAAAACAUAAUUUAUAUAUUCAUAAUAUUUAUUUACCUAAUGAGCCAAUUGAGCAUGCAUCUUUUAAAGAUCAACAAGAAGUUGUCAGAAUGGAUAAAGAUAGUCUUGUCAAUAGAAUUAAAAAUUUUCUUAAAAAUAAUCCUACAUGA